AUGGGUGGAAAAAAAACAAUCCACCAUGGACGCAAAACAAUAAGAGCUCGAGCUGUUCGCAUUUUCUUUUCAUUGUUAUCAGUCUCCCGUUUGACCGAGCACUACGUACAUCGUGAUUAUUCCAUCCCGGAUCGACUAGGAAGCGAGAUCGCUUCAGACAGUUGAGUGGCAGUACAGGGAAAGCUACGAAAGUAAAAGGAAAAGAAUAUCAUCUCCAAGUAUCUUUGACUCAAUCUCAGGGCAGAUUAGUCAGGAAGGAGGAGCACGGAAAAACCUGUUGUGAAAAUUCUCAAUCAUUUUCCCGUUGUUGCAGCCAAAAGGAAGAACUUUGGGAGAUUAUUUGGGCCCACAUGACGACUGUUUCCAACUAAAAUCAUCACAAAAUGAACGCAACAAUUAUGAGUAUCACCAACCUCACGAGUGCCCUCUUCGAUGACAAACUCCAAUUCCUCUGCAAGGAAUUGGUUGAUGCCUACGUUCCGGAAUUCAUCACAAGUAUGCCCUACAGACCAUGGAUGUUCUCCGUCCUAGGAUCCAUUCUUAUUGGACUCAGUGGUAUUUUGCCACUCCUUGUUAUCCCAACGCUCUCGGAGGAUGACAAAAAGAAAGGAAUUAAUCCUUCCGAAUCCAAGAGCUUGAAGCUUCUUCUGAGCUUUGCAGUUGGUGGAUUACUUGGUGAUGUUUUUCUGCAUCUCCUUCCGGAGGCCUGGAGUGGCGAUGCGACACCCAAUGGGGAGCACCCUUCAAUGCGAAGUGGUCUCUGGGUGCUGGCGGGUAUCCUCAUCUUCACAAUUGUGGAGAAAAUCUUUUCGGGAUAUGUGAAUGCCGAUGAGAACAAUCCACAGCCAAAGUGUGUGGAGAUUGCAAAUUGCCUACUGAGGAAGCACGGGGGGAAAUUACCGGCGAAUGGUGAAGCGAUAAAGUGCACAGUGAAUGGGAAGUGUGACAUUGAAGAUGUGCCAAAUGGAUGCUACCUGGCAGCACAGGAGCGCAAAGAGCCGCAGAAGAAGGUGGCUGGCUACCUAAAUCUCCUAGCAAAUUCCAUUGACAACUUUACUCAUGGCUUAGCCGUGGCUGGAUCCUUCCUUCUCUCCUUCCGUCACGGUGUACUCGCCACCUUUGCCAUCCUCCUCCAUGAGAUUCCCCAUGAAGUGGGUGAUUUCGCCAUUCUGCUGCGAUCGGGAUUUAGUCGCUGGGAUGCAGCAAAGGCACAACUUCUAACCGCCGGCGCAGGACUUAUUGGGGCUUUAGUAGCAAUCUUCGGUUCAUCCGUCACAUCAGCCGUUGAGACACGUACAUCGUGGAUUAUGCCCUUCACGGCUGGGGGAUUCCUUCACAUUUCCCUCGUGACUGUUCUACCGGACCUCCUCCAAGAAACAGACACCCGAGAAUCACUCAAACAAUUCACCGCCCUCAUCUUUGGCAUUGGGCUCAUGGCCUUCAUGACGAUUGUCUUUGAAUCCUAAAAGGGUCAUCACGCUGUGUACGAGAAACCUCUAGUUUAGUCUUUGGAGUCCAUCAAAUAGCCAAAUUGUUAGAUUAUUUUUGAAUGAUAAAUGCCAGGACAUUGUGCUAAAUUAACAACAACAAAAAAUUCUUCCUAUUUUGCCAUUUUAUUGUCUGGCUCAGUUAGAAUAAAUCUACAUAAAAUUAAUUUUGACUGACUCCUAAGACUAUAUCAUCGCUUGCAUCAUCACUCGUUUAGGACGAGUGCUGAUACAAGUAAGGAUAUCAAUCUUAUAUUGCAAUGGAUUGGAUAAUCCCACUGAGGCACACACAAAUCCCAAAGGAGUUUAUUCAUGAGUAUAUGGAAAAUCUUUUACUUGAGGAAGCUAUCGGAAUAUGCGUAAUCUUGUAGAGGAACAAAAGAGGAUAAGAAAUCACCAGAGUCUUUCCAUUUUCCACUAAGAUCUGGCGGUAAAAGUCGUCAGAUUUCUUUAAAAAUGCAAACAAUGACGUCAAAAUUGUCUUUUUUUGUUUCUUUAAAUGCAUGAAACAUUCUCGCUGAUGUUUCUUUGGUGAGGUUUGACAAAGAAAAAGGUAAAAAUCCAAAAGUGACGUCAUUUUUUUUGAUUUUUUUUUAGUAAAUCUUUGCGGGCUUUACUCAUCUAAACCGCGGCGGUGGAAAAUCGAGUUUUUUAGCGAUUUAUUCUUUUUUGAUCCUCUGCAAAAUAUUGCGUGUCCAAAUUGCUUCCUCAAAUGAAUUAAUGAUCCAUAUAUCGAUGAAUGAACGUCUUUUUUUUAUUUUUUUGCCAUAGACAACAACAUAGAGAGCCAUAAUAUAGCCUAGAGCUAAAUGGCUAGAGUGUGUGGUGCCGAGAGUUUAGAGAGCAAUUUGAAUGUUCUUAGAGAGCGGAAAAUAUGUGUAAAUUAAAUUUAUAUACUCUUCUUUCCGAUUGAGACAAGAGAGGUAAAAAUAACUCCAAGGCAUGUGAUUUGAGGACAAGAACAAUUAACCAUGUAUAGCAAUUAAUGUUAAAUAUUGUUGAAAAUAUAGAUAUAUCGUAGAAAGUAUAAAA